CACCGUUCAAGAGACGGUUGUGGAGUCCGCGGCGCCCGCGGUGCCUGCGCCGACACACAGCACCACGGUUACACGGCACCACGCCUCCAGCGCCACGAGGGAGCUCGACGAUCUCAUGGCGUCCUUGUCUGACUUCAAGGUGAGCGGCUCAGGAGGCGAAGGUGGAACACACGUGUACAGGGAGAAGCGCGCCUGGCAGGAGCACUACCGCAGCACCCCGCGGCAACCCGAAUCCGCCUCCCUUGAGCAUAUGCUCGGAUCCCUCCGGGCAGACAUGAGCCGCCAAGGAGUCCAGACCCCCCAAAAGGGAUGCUGCAACGCGUGCGAGAAACCCAUCGUCGGACAGGUGAUCACGGCGCUGGGCCGCACGUGGCAUCCCGAGCACUUCACGUGCGCCCACUGCAACCAGGAGCUGGGGACUAGAAACUUCUUCGAGCGCGACGGCCGGCCGUACUGCGAACCCGACUACCACAACCUCUUCUCGCCCAGAUGCGCCUACUGCAACGGCCCGAUCCUCGACAAAUGCGUGACCGCGCUGGAGAAGACCUGGCACACGGAGCACUUCUUCUGUGCUCAGUGCGGGCAGCAGUUCGGAGAAGACGGUUUCCAUGAACGGGACGGCAAACCGUACUGCCGUGCCGAUUACUUCGAUAUGUUCGCGCCCAAGUGCGGCGGCUGCAGCAAGCCUAUCAUGGAAAACUACAUUUCCGCACUUAACACCCAGUGGCAUCCUGAUUGCUUCGUCUGCAAGGAAUGCCAAGUUGCAGUGAAAGGCAAGUCUUUCUAUGCGAUGGAAGGCAAGCCCGUCUGCCCCAAAUGCGCCGGUGUCGAUGAGGACGAGUAAAGAAUGACGUCACCAACCCCCCAAUGAAUGCCCUCCCCCCUUUUCUUCCACAGCUAUGCUCCAAAUGAAAAAGGAAUGAUUAUUAAACAAACACUACACAGAUGUUACUCUAACAGUCAAAAACCAUAUAAGUACUUAAUAGGGA